CUUAGUGUGCUAACUUCCUGCACCGCUUGCUAACUUCCUGCACUGUCACAUCACCUCGAGCUUGUGGAACGGCACAAGGGACUGGCGAGGGGUAGCAGCAUAACAUUAAUUCCACUUACAUGGUGGAUUGAGCUUUAACUUGUGUGUGAAAUCGUCAGUCGGCUUCUGGGUUCUGUUCAUUUGCGUCGCGGUCGCAGGCCUCGCCUCUUCUGCACCCCUCAACACAGCAGCUCAACCUACUGCCCAGGUUCGGGGUGAUUUUUCUCCCCCCCCCCCCCCCCCCCCUUUAUUUACUCCUAACAGCCUCUUCGUCCUGGCAGUAGAAAAUCAGCUCCCCAAAACAACCCCCCUGCGCUUCAAGGGAGAUACGGAUUUGACAGCAGGCGAGCUCCGCAAACCAGGCUCCUUCCAUCCGUGUAUUCGUCUAUUCGCUCGAGCCCCGCACAGUCACAGUCUUCAGGCGUAACACUAUGGCCUCCCUUGGGCAGGUCGUUUCAGUCAAAUACGAUCUGUUUCUCGAUUCAUCCAACGGCUCGUCGCACCCCGGUGACCGCGUGGGGAAGGUAGAUCGGGUGGAGGUGUAUCUGGAGCCCGACCCCGAGGAUGUCGCCAUCUCGCUGCGCGACACCAUUCACCAGCGCCGCCGCGCACGCGACCUGGCGCACUGCUCCGCCGCGAAUCUGCGCAUUUUCCCGGAGAGCUCCCCAGACACAGAGCUGGCGGACGAGGACGUCUGGCGCUUCCUGCGCGACGGCGCGCCGGAGAAGCUGUUCGUCGUCGCGCCCGCGCUGUGCCUCGUGUCCCCCGCAGGCGGACGGCAGCAGUCGUCGGGGCAGCAGGGUGUGCGGCUGUCGUCGGCGUCUCAACGCAGCAUGGAUGGAGUGAGCAGCCAGCCGGUCAGCAGGAGAGACUCUCUAGCCAGCAAGAGAGAUUCCGAUGCGAUGGUGGUGUUUGUGAAGACAGGCGGUCAGACUAUCCCAAUUGAGGUGGACGCCAAUGCCACUGUUGAUGAUGUGAAGUCCCGGGUGCAAGAGCAAGAGCACAUUCCGGUGGAGCAGCAGAGGUUAUUUCUUGCUGGCAACGAGAUGGCAAGUGGUCGGUUGCUCGCACAUUACAAUGUUCACCCAGGAUCAGAAAUUCAGGUUGUACUCACCCUCUCGUCUUCAUCCUAGAAUUACUGUUACUGUGCUUGGAUGCAAAUAUUGUUACCUACUACACUUUCUAGUAUAAUAUUGUCUGAAGUCUUAGAAUG